AUGGCAAGGUACAGUGGCAGUGAGCGCAUUUCCUGCUGUUCGGCUCGCUGCUAUUGUUAUUGCUGUUGCUGCUGUCCUUUCUCCUUCAGCUCCACCUUCCGCCCCUCCUUCCGCGCCCCCCUCCCGCGCCCCUCUCCCUCCCUCUUUCCCGCGGCGCCCGCGGCGCGCCUCCGCCCGCCCCCCGCCGCGGCGCCGCUGCCGCGCGGGGUCGGCGCGCCCUGGGGCCCCGCCGGCACGGCGCAGGCCCCGGGCCCGCGGAUCGCCGGCGGAGGCGUGGAGGCGGAGGCGUGGAUCGACGACGAUGAGGAGUCGGGUGGUUCCGUGGUGGCAUCGGCGGUAGUUUUUUUCUUGCAUUUCGCUGCGACUGUGAGUGUCUGA